AUGACUGCAAUGCGAGGCCCGCGUCUCCAGGUCGGGUCUACGGCCUGGAUCGGCGAAGAACGGACGUCUGCACUGGAGAUUGUGCAAUCCGAAGUAGAGGAAUUCUCCUACUCUGCUCACAAUGAGAUUGAAUGGCUUAAUGAGCACAUGGCCGCAAUUUUGAACGAAAACGAAGUUAAUAUCACAGAAGCGUUCAAAACUCCAGGAAAGCUUAGGGGCAAAACCCCCCAUACGGCUCGAAAAGCUAAUGCGACAGAGUCUCGAGUGCCUCUAUCCGACGUCUUUGCAGCGGCAUCACCAGGCAUCCCGAAAAACCAAAACCCGACUCAAACCAGCCGGAUCCAUCCUGCUCCCCAACUUCAUCAAGUCGCGUCGAAGACGGUACCGAUAUCUAAAGCUGCAUCCCCACAACGACAUGUAUUCUCUCCCCAACGACCACCCCCUACCCGAGGAAUGCAAGACUCUGGUUAUUAUGGGAGCCAGGACUUUGCUGCCACGGAUCCAAGUGAUGACGCCGAACCGGAGGAGCCUGAGGAACCGGAGGAACUCGACGAACCCGAAGACAUUGCAAGCCCCUAUAGCGAUAUUGUAUUGCCGCCCGGUGGAUCUUCAAUAAGACGAAGCCCAGCUCGAAAACCAGUUUCAAUAUUACCUACAAAAUCUUUCCAAACGACAAGAGAGGAUUUCUCAGCGCGCGCUCUACCAAAUCUGCCCAUGCCUCCUAAGCAGUCCGAUGAAACAUCGGAGGAUGACCAUUCCGCAUCUGAAGGGUCAAGCCCCAUCAGGCAUAUUGUUCGAAAGAGUAGCUUAAACUUUGCUUCUUUACCAGCUAGAGAGCCACUUAACUCGGGCAAGAGUUUGGGAGCGAGACAAUCUCGGAACAGUCAUUUCGAUACUGGCAAUAAUAGCAGAACAAGCUACUACCAAAGACAAACUGGCGGUAAAAGCCUCGGGAAUCUCGCUAAGCGGGAUUUGGAUGAAGAGGAGAAUCCUGGCGGCAUGGAGGUAGAAGGAAAAGACCUUCCACCUCUCCCCGAUGCUGCUGAAGUAGGAAAUUCAGGCAUGAAUCACACAAAGACAUAUACGCAGAGAUUACAAGAUCAAAUCAGCAUGCUAGGUAAACCUCAAGGCAGCUUUGGACAAACUAAGCAGACACCAAAUGCGUCGGUAGCACAGCAAAACGCUCCACAGAUGCAAUCUGUUGCAAGCCCAAAGCAGACAUCUCCUGAAAAAGAGCCGAUCUCCACGACACCACGAGCUUCCCCCGAAGAUGACGAUGAUGAUUGGAUCGGGCCGCCGACGGCGGUCAAGGACAAUACGGACAUGAGGCCGCUGUUGACCAAGAGCCAUACAGCUGACAUUAUGGAAGGCCUCCUUGACAAGGCCGAUGACGACUCGCCCCAAGCUAAUGAACCAACACCACACGGUUUUUUUCACCAUUCAAAGACGAUGUCUGUCUCAAAUGCACCUACUGCUUCGGCUGCCUUUAUGAGAGAAACCGUGCCUCUUUCCAAGGCGAUUUCGACUUCCAGCUUAGUAGCAUCACAAGAUGAUAUGGCCGAGACACCCUCCAAAUCACUCCCGCGAAACUUCCGAGAUAGUCCUUUAAAGCAGGUCAAGAAUAAGCUUUCGUCUAUUUUGAAGGGCUCUCGCGGCCUUCUUGCUAGCAACGUGGAAGGAAAGUCCUUGACGUCGCCUUCUGUUACCCGCUUGGGCCUUCAUGCUGGGCAAUCUUCCGAAUCGGUCUUUAUGAGGCCACAGGACUUCGAAUCUCAACCGACUGAACCUACGAGCCCAAUAAAACCGAUUGCGCGCCGGACAAGGGCUUCUACAGAACGUGAGAAGGAACAAAAACGUCGCGAGAACGAAGUUAAGCGCAUGGAAGAGCAGAUGGAUAAGCUUGACAAGGCACGCGAAAAGGAGCGUGAAAAGGCUCGAGCAUUUACCCAAGAGCAAGAGAAGGUUGCUACCAUGGAAAAGGAAGUUGCUUCCAGGAAACAAGACGAGCGCGUGGCGAUCAAGGCAACUCCUAACCCAGCAAAGAGAAGCCAAUCCAGCCCUCGCAAGAUGAGAGCGGGAGAGGAACCGGAAUGGAGACAGGCCGAUCGAGAUACAGACAUGUCUGACGCACAACCCCCCAUGCCCCCGCCAUCCUCUACUAAACCUACUCUUCCUGGCCAAGCAGCACGUGGCAAGGAUAACAAGCGGCCAGUGAAACCGAGUAAAGAUUUGACUUCAAAGACGAAAGCCCCCCCAACUGUUAUUAGGGUCAAUACCGGCUCACAGCACUCACAAUAUGCUCCUGCUGGAAGCCGAGUUUCUACCGCGUCUCAUGAUACCCUGAACUCUACUCACUCAACUGCGUCGUCGAAGACUAGCAAAUCAUCUUACCAAGCCAAAUCUGCGACCCAAACCUUCAAAGCACCUGCGUCUGCCGGCCGAUCCAAAGCCGCGGAACUAGCCGCUAGAAAAAGAGAGCAAGAUGAAAAAGAAUCUCAAAGACGACGCGAUGCUAAGGCUGAAAUGGAGAGGAAGAGAAUUGCGGCACAAGAGGAGCAACGAAAACAGGAUCAACAGCGGCGCCUUGAACUGGAGCGACACAGGCAACAGGAAGAAGAGAAGAAGUCGGUCCAACGGCAGGCCGCUAUUGAAAAGGCCAAGCAGACAAGAGCACCGCCCCCAGCCCCACGAUCGCAGCCAAACGGUCCACCCGAUACAACCUUGGGCCAACAGAAGUCGGCAUCCUCUAAAGCUGAGGGCCAGCCUGCUCGGCCACCCUCACGACUAGCUGGCAUGCGGGAUGAUUCUAGCAGGCCAUUCAACUCCAUGCUAUCAAAUGCCGCCAAGGCGGGCGCCAAACGGACUUUGGGGGCAGAGACGAGUGACAACAACAACUAUUCAAGGCCCCCUCCUUCGCGAGGCGGACCGGCCUACCAGACUAAGGAUUCUAAGAGACGCCGAACUAGCGAACACGAAGAUGAUGAGCUGGGUGCGGAAAACCCCCCCAACAUUAAAGGUCCGCCAGUGAGGCCGUCAACGGGAUUUAAAAAGGAUCUACCAUCGAAGUCUGCCUUCCAAAAUGGAUACGGGGUUGCACCGCAUAGUGCCACCCGAGAUCUAUUCAAGGCCGCCGUCACAGCUCAGCACAAUAGUCACAUGAAGGCCGCCCAUCCUCUAGAUAUGGCGCAAAUCUCAAAGGGCCCAAUCCCCUUUGCGCCCAGCUCGAAUGCCGCUGCUGGGUCUUCAUUCAAAACUCCUGCUCGGCCUGGGCAACUCGUGAAUCCCAAGUCGAGCGUGAAGAGGCCUUCACCACGGCCCCAGACUGGCGAUUCUAUUGAGCUUCCCGAAAUUCAGACAGAUGACGAAGAUGACGAUGACGAACCUCAUGGAAUGAAUGUGGCUGCUUGGGCUGAUUCGCCUGAUUUGCGUCAAGCUCUCAUGAGGCAAGAGACGAUGGACCCAUCUCAAAUCUUUGGUCCGCCAGCGCCCUUGAUCAUGGAAGAGGUCUUUAGCAAGAGUAAAGACAAGUGGCACAAGUUCCGCCAAAGGACAUCCAGUGCCAACUGGAGCGGUCUGGAUCGUCUGACUGAGGACGAUAUUAGAAAGGACAUGGUGGCUCGUAACAAGCUGCGGCGAGAUGGAGGAUGGUCUUAUGAGAUGAGCAAGGAUAUGCUAUAA